AUGUUCAUUCGUUUUUUAUUCAUUAGCAUCGCAUUGGUCUGGAUAAAUGGUGAACAAAUCAGCACAUGUGCCGAAUGUGAAGUUGACAUGAAUGAGUUUAUGAAUAUUAAAGAACUUAAAACCCUGAACACCGAGCAGAUUCAUGGGCUCAUGUUGCUUGGGUGUGAAGCGACGGAAAACAAAACACGAAUUGAAUGUGAAAAUGAGUACUCAAUGGAACAGUUGACGGGAAUUCUCAAAGCAAUUGGAGAAAAGAAAAAUGCGGUCGAGAUUUGUCAAGAGGUACGCCACUGUAAA